CAACACACUAACAUAAACAUAGAACAGUCCAUGGUCAAUAUACAACCGCGUGCUUUAUCUUGUUUUUUUGGCCUUAAUUUCCUUAAAGCAGCCCAAGAAACUUGUCACUUAUUCUCAGUUCCCAUCACUACUCACACAAAUAUCAAGUUUUCAACAAAAGCAUGCCUGCAGGCUUCGCCAUUCAAAUCCCCACAACAACCUUCUAUGUAACGAUGAACACUAGUCGUUCCUCCUUCCUUUCAUCCAUACUCACACUUGCUUUCUUCUUCUUAACAACUUUGCCACAAUCCUACUCUCAAAAAAAUGACACGCACUCUAUUUGCAGCCAAUUAUCAUUCAGUUGUGGAACUCUCAGAAACAUAUCGUAUCCAUUCUGGGGAGGGAACCGACCUCAGUUUUGUGGCCGCAAUGGGUUCAAGCUCACGUGCAUGCAUGACCAAAACACCUCGGUUCAAGUUGGUUCCCAAAGAUUCAACGUACUAAACAUUAACCAAACUGCUUCCACCUUGAGAAUGGCGAGAACAGACCUUGUCUAUGAUCGCUGCUCUUCCAAUUUCACCAACACUUCUCUGAGUGUCAGUCCCUUCAGUUUUCCCUCCACCGUUCAGAAUGUCACUAUAUUCUACGAAUGCCCUUCUGGGAUUAAUUCAGUUGUGGGAAACAAUUUUACGUGCCAGAAUGAUAGUAAUAAUAAACAUGCUUUCUAUGUGGUCAAUGGAACUCAGCUGAAGCAGUUCCCAGGCCUUCAGAAGUGUGGCGUUAGUGUUCAGAUGCAAGUUUCAGAGGGUGUUGUUUGGGACUCUGAGGGUGGAAUUGGGGCGUUGGAGAAAGCGCUGGAGAAAGGGUUUGAUGUGCGGUACGAUGCAGAGUUGAGUUCUCAGUGCACAGCAUGCAGGGAUUCUGGAGGAGCAUGUGGGACGAAUGAGAAUGAUUUGGCUCAGUUCUCUUGUUAUUGCUCCGGUGGAACUCAUGGUUCACUGUGCUCUACUCACAAAAGUCAAAGGAAGAACAGAGUGUUGAAGCUGGUUUUAGGUUUCGUUGCUACUGGAUUUGCACUGCCUCUCAUUGCUGUCAUCAUAUGCCGUAACAAAGCUAGGAUUUGGAAAUUUAUAUUAGUACAAGUUGGUAAGAUAAAAAAGAAUGAUCAAGUUAUAGAAGCCUUCCUUGAAAGCCAAGGUUCUCUAGGUCUAAAAAGAUACAGUUUCUCCGAUAUCAAGAAAAUAACCAACUCCUUCAAAAUUAAACUGGGAGAAGGUGGUUAUGGUUCUGUCUACAAAGGAAAAUUACUCAAUGGUUGCUCGGUGGCAGUGAAGAUACUGAACGAGUCAAAAGAGAAUGGCGAAGAGUUUAUCAAUGAGGUUGCUAGCAUAAGCAAAACAUCCCAUGUUAACAUUGUCUCUCUCCUUGGAUUUUGUCUAGAUGGAAGCAGAAAAGCUCUAAUAUAUGAGUUCAUGUCCAAUGGUUCACUUGAAAAAUACAUUCACGAGAAGACAGCUGAAACAAAAACUACUACCCCAUCCUUGAGUUGGGAGAGAUUGCACCAGAUUGCAAUAGGCAUAGCUCGAGGACUAGAGUACCUGCACAAAGGAUGCAACACUCGGAUUCUGCAUUUCGACAUUAAGCCACAUAACAUCCUUUUGGAUGAAGCUUAUCGCCCGAAGAUAUCAGAUUUUGGGCUUGCUAAGCUUAGCACAAGAGAUGAAAGCAUCAUUUCAAUGUCAAAUGCUAGAGGGACAGUAGGGUAUGUGGCUCCCGAGGUGUUCAGCAAAAGUUUUGGAGGUGUUUCACACAAGUCUGAUGUUUACAGCUAUGGAAUGAUGCUGCUAGAAAUGGUUGGAGGGCAGAAGAACAUGGACGUUGAAGCUAGUCGCUCAAGCGAGAUAUAUUUCCCGCAGUUGGUUAUUUAUAAGAAGCUUGAGCAGGGCAAUGAUUUGGGACUUGAUGGGAUAUUGUCCGGUGAGGAAAAUGAGAUAGCAAAGAGAAUGACUAUGGUGGGUUUGUGGUGCAUUCAGACAAUUCCUUCACAUAGACCUACCAUAAGUAGAGUCAUUGACAUGUUGGAAGGUAGUGUGGAUUCCUUGGAAAUGCCACCAAAACCUUUCCUGUCUUCUCCUCCAAGAUCAUCAACAGAUUUUUCCACUGCAAUAUCCAAAUCACUUGCCAGUGUCUGAUGCUGCUGCUGGAGUUGCAUGUGUUCUUUCAAACAUAGUAUACCUUACAACUUUCGCUAUUGAUCAUCAAAGUUAAUAUCGGUCCUUCUAUAUAUAUAUAUUUUGUAAGUGUCUCUUUUUUAUUUGGAGCGGGAUGGGGGUGAUGGGGCCUCAUGCAUGGGAUAUGCAAAUUAAAUAACUGCAACAGUGUGCAAUAGUUUCUCCUAUUCAUAUUUAGAGAAAUCUAUGUUUAUUAACAUUAAUUUAUGAGUUUAAUUUUA